AUGGUUGCGCCGGCUGUGCCCGAGCUUACCGAGGAGAUUCUCUCUGAAUCAAUUGAAGCCCGAACCGAAUCCCUCAUCUCCCUUCGGGAGCUUGGCCCUCCCGAUCUUGUCCAUCUCCUGAAGCAGGCCACGAGAAACCCUGGCAAGCAGAUCGGAGUUUACCACCACGUCACCGGCGUCGACGCUUCGUCCUCGGCCAGUCUUGCUGCCUACAUCAACACCCUGACCUACCGCGAGCAUGGCCAGGCUGUGCAAACGAAGAUUUCGGAAGGUCUCUACUGCUGUUACAAUGCCUUCUCUCGACUCGACAUGCGGGUUCAUGUAACGAUCCCUGGAACCGUCGAAAGCUACUGUGUGGACGAGCGAGGCGAGAAGCGCAAGGCGACGGAUGACUUGUGGCUGGAGACCUACCUGUGCAGUGUCCUUCGAGCCUACUCUUACGCAGAUGAUGGUAGCGGAGAGACGAUUCGGAAGAUUAUGGGUGUGCGCAGAUACAACCCUGUUACCAACACCGAAACCGAACACCGCUUCCUCGGCGCCGCCGAGCAGCUUUUCUUCCGAGGCUGGCAGCUGGGCUCAGACUCUGUCGUUCAAGUGCCGAACAAUGUCUCGAACCACCUGACCGCAGGCCUCUUGAAGUACUUUCAGACCACGGGGCGCCAUGCUUCCGGCAUCAACCUCUUCGAGAAACUCAGAGACCAAAACAUCGAGGUCUCCUCCCUCUUGGCCAAGGUCCUCUUCAUGGGCAACGAGGAAGUCCAAGGUGUCAAGGUGCUGCAUCAGGCACUCAAAGAGUCGCCGAUGGAUUAUGUUAUGCUCGAUACGCAAGCCGAGUUCCUCCUCAGAAAGGCGCAGACAGCCUCAACGCCAGAGUUGAAGGAAGAGAGACUUCGCUUGGCCCUGGGCUGCGCCGACCGCAGUACCAUUGCCGCUCCUAGUGAAUUCGGCACAUGGGCGAGACUGGCGCAAGUCUACGUGGCAAUGGAGGACUGGGAGAAUGCCCUGACCAUCCUCAACUCUUGCCCCAUGUUCACAUACCAGGACAAGGACGCGCCUCAAAUGCCUGAGCCGAAGGAUGUUCACCUCCCAACUCUUCCCGAGACCCGCUUGGAUGAGAUCGACAGCGAACCCGAGUCUAGAUACUCUGAGCAGGUCGAUGCUAGUCUCCUGAACCUUCGUGCUUCGGUUUAUAAGGGAACCUUCAAGCAGGCUUACGGCAUCCUGACCGAGAUGACUUCAAAGAUUGGAUGGGAUCAGCUUCUCAAGAUUAGAAGCACAGUCUUUGUCAUGGAGGACGAAUACCGCUCCGAGAAGCAGGAAACCUCGCAGCCUCAGCGUAACCCCAGCACCGACGGCCUUCGUGGAACCCCAGACCCGACAACAAAUGGCGACCGAUCAGACUCGGAAAGUGACGACGAAGAGGGAGAUGAGGAGAAGAAGGCGAAGCCAGCGGAUACUGAUUCUACUGCCGAGACAUUGGCACCAAAUGGACAGACAGAGGCUGUAGAGAAGCCUACCCAUGCCAUCGACCCCGGUGAACUGAAGGGCGAUGCGGAGAAUGGUGCGCAGACCGACGACCAUCUCUCUAAGCUGAACAACAAGCGGCUUUGCGAGCGCUGGCUUGACAGCCUCUUCAUGGUGUUGUAUGAGGAUCUGCGCGUCUACACGAUCUGGCGCACACAGAUGGCCCAGUAUCGCGCGCAAUCCAUGCAGUAUAAGAAGUCGGCUGAGGAGUGGGAAAUUCUAGGCUCUCUGGCGGAGAGACUUCAACACCCAGAAGAAGCUGUCGAGGCCUAUAGAGCGUGCCUCGCCGCAAGAUUCAGCCCCAAGGCCUUGACUGGCAUCCUUCGCGUGUUUGAGGAGGGCAAGAACACUCGCGAAACGGUCGCGUCGGUCAUUCGUCUCGUCACCUGGCAGUACAGAUGGUACUCUGAGUUCUCACCAGAGCUCCUCCAUACAGUUCGGACACUCAUUGAGGACGAGGGUGCAGUCAAGAUCAGAAGCAUCAUCCAAGCUACCAGCCUCCCUCAGAACGUGCUCGAUCUGACCCAUCACUAUGCUGCACUAUGCGCCACUUUCCGCAGCAGCGGCACCGACGGUUAG